UGGUGGUGGUGGGGGGGGGGGGGGUGGUUGUCGUUUAAGGGGAAAAUUAAUCUGUUGAAUUGGUCGUAACAAUGAAGUCAAGUCUUCAGUCAACAAUCUAGCACGUCAGUGUUGUUUAAUUAUAGUAUUUUCCAUCUUUCACAUUUGAUUUUCCAUGAACUUGUGAAUAAUAUAUAAACUUAUAAACUCUUUUGUUCAGGUUCAGCUUCAGUUAAGAAUUAGUAGCUUAGCUCAACUUAAAUUCAAGCUAUUAGUUGAUUCAAAAUUAUUUUAUUUUUUAUUUAAAAAAAUUAAGUUAGAUUAACAACAUGAGUAAGAUUUUGAGAAGUAUAUUACCGAAUCAUUCGUCGAAAAAGGUUGAAGAUGAUGAGUAUAAUGUGGAGUACUCGUUUGCCACCGAGUACUCUGGCCCUCCGGUUUCUUAUGAGAUUCCUAAGGCAGUUCCUGUUGAUAUCGGAAGUAUUCCAACCGCCUCGGUUGUUUCCACACCUGUUAAUUCUGGCAAUCUGUCACUACCGGUUAUCUAUCCGGUUGUUAAGAGACGGGUUGAGUUUGUUUCGUCCGAAAAUAAGGAAACUAGUCUUCAUCAACCUGGAUCACUAGAAAAAGAGGGAAGUAGUGCUUCAUCGGGCUUUUCGGAUAGUCAAGAGAAUUCUCAUGAGUCUUCCAUGAGUUCAGAUGUUGAAGGUUUGGAUAACGAUUGCCACGAGAUUGAAGAAGUUAGCGCUAGCGAAGAUGAUGAGCGAACGGACCAAGAGGUUUCAAAUUAUGAUACGAGAACUCAAAUUGUGACGUUUCUUGAGCCUGAGUCUAGCGCUAUGGUUCACGAUGAGAGUGGUUACGACGAGUCAGGAUCGAUGAUGCAAGAACGACCACACGCUAAUCUCAAUAUCAAAAAGGGGUUAUGCCAUUAUUGCCUUAAGGGAAACCGAUUCACAAAGAAGGAGUGUUGCAUAGUAUGCGAUGCGAAAUACUGUAGUAAAUGUGUGUUGAGAGUGAUGGGGUAUAUGCCAGAAGGUAGAAAAUGUAUUACUUGUAUCGGGUAUCCGAUAGAUGAGUCAAAACGCGGGCAGUUAGGGAAAUGUUCGAGCGUUCUUAAGCAAGUGCUUGCAGAUUUUCAAGUUGAACAAGUAAUGCUUGCUGAAAAAUCAUGUCAAGUAAACCAAGCACCACAUUGGCUCAUUUACGUUAAUGGUAACCAUCUUUCGUUAGAAGAAGCGUAUCAGUUGCAAACUUGUUCUCACCCACCGAAAGGUCUUGUUCCGGGAUUCUAUUGGUAUGAUAAGUUGUCUGGUUUUUGGGGAAAGGAAGGGAAAAAGCCUAGCCAAAUUAUUACUCCUGGACUGUCUAUUGGUGGGAUGAUCAUGAAAAAUGCAAGCAACGGAAGCACAAACGUAAUAGUCAACAAUCGGGUGAUCACUAAACGAGAGCUCUGGAUGUUAAAGGUUGCCAGAAUCAAUCACAAGGGUAGCCCGAGUUAUUGGGUAAGCCACAAUGGAUCGUAUCAAGAAGAGGGACAGAACCAACAACAGAAUGGGAAAAUAUGGGAAAAGCGUGGAAUAAAGAUGGCUUGUUUUAUCUUGUCUUUGCCGAUGCCACCAAAAUCUUUUAUCUCGUCCGAGGAAGAAGUAGUGAAUGGAAGCCAACAAAAGCAGAAAAAAACUGAUACAAAACCGCUAACUAAAAUACUUCUAGUUGGUCAAGAUCAGUCCGGUAUAAGUGCCAUCUAUAAGCAGGCCAAGAUUCUUAACAGAGUUCCAUUUUCAGAAGACGAACGUCAAAAAGUCAAAUCAUUGAUCCAGAGAAACUUGUAUCUGUAUAUAAGUAUACUUCUUGAGGGUCUUCAACAAUUUGAAGAAGAUUAUUCAAUUCAGAUUGGGAAAAAACCGAUUGAUCAACCUGGUACUUCAGCUGCAGGGAGUUCGGUUGAUGACAUCGAGUUAAACGUUUAUUCUCUAAGUGGAAAAUUAAAUAAAUUUUCUGAAUGGCUUCUUCAAAUUGUGGAGUCAGGCGAUCUAGACGUCAUUUUUCCUGCUGCAACUCGUGAGUAUGCAGCAGUAGUUGAGGAACUGUGGAAGGAUAAAGCUUUUCAAGCAACUUAUGCUAGACGAGAUGAACUUCCCGCACUCCCGAUAGUAGCUGAUUAUUUCUUACCUCGGGCUGCUGAAAUCUCGUGCGAGACUUAUGAGCCGUCUGAUGAGGACAUUCUGUAUGCUGAUGGUAUCACAUCUUCAAACGGGAUUACUUCAAUGGAGUUCUCCGUUUCUUCUUCACCUCCAAAUAGCUUCAUGGAUGCCACUGAGCAGAGUGAUACUCCACUGCAAAGGUACGAACUGAUUCGAGUGAACUCAAGCAACCUCGGCUACAACUGUAAAUGGCUAAGUAUGUUUGAAGACGUCGACCUCAUCCUCUACUGCGUCGACUUAACUUCAUACAACGAAUAUUUCCACGACAACAACUUAAAUCUCAAGAACAAGAUGUUAGAAAGCAGAAACAUCUUUGAAAACAUAGUCACAAAUCCAAGAUUCAAAAACAAAGCAUUCCUUCUAAUACUCAACAAGUACGAUCUUCUCGAAAAGAAGAUCAAAACAACGCCUCUCACACAAUGUGAAUGGUUUCAUGAUUUCAAUCCGUUCAUCACCAACCACUCGUAUGACGAUGGAAACUCAAACAAUAACAAUAAUGCAUCUGUAGCGCAGUACGCGUUUCAGUACAUUGCUGCAAAGUUUAAGAAGUUGUUUUGUGAGUUGACCGGGCGGAAACUGUAUGUUUCGCCGGUUACAGGGUUAGAAGGGGGUAGUGUUGAUGCAGCUCUUAAGUAUGGGAAGGAGGUUUUGAUGUGGGUAAAUGAAGAAAAUAAACCUAUUGCUAGUACCAAUGAGUGGUCUUCAGCAAGCACAGAGGCUGAGACCACUAUAUAAGGUGAUUAGAAAAUAAGCCAACCAAUUUUUUUUCAAUUUAUAUUGUUUCAUUCCAAUCACCAGGGCAAAUUACAUAAGGAUAGCGGGUAGACGAGCAACAAAUUGUUUUUUUUAAUCAUAACUUUGCUUUUUAGGUAACCCAUGUAAUAUGCAUGGAAGUAAAUAUAUAAUAUGAAAUACAACAGAACAUAAAGAGCUACUCAUGGCAUCAUGUUAGUUUUUCAUGAAAUGAUCUCGAGUAGCUUACGGACGGCUUAAUAUAUUUUGAUAGACCAUGUAAUUCCAGGUCUAAAAAGAUAUUAAAUUUAUUAUUCUAGUUU